UUAUGGCAAAGUGGACAUGAUUCUGCAUUCAGGACCUGUGGCACAAUGUCGAAUAUGAUUAACCUGACUGCCAUUAGCAUUCUACUGUUCGGGGCGUUUGUGUUGUCUAGAGCCAAGUAUGAGAGGUCAGCGGUGCCGAGCUCUGCCUCCCGCCUGGUGGCCAGGAUGGACGGGGAUAUUAUAAUCGGUGCCCUCUUCUCUGUUCACCACCAACCAUCGGCUGAGAAGGUGGCAGAGAGGAAAUGUGGAGAGGUCCGUGAGCAGUACGGCAUCCAGAGAGUGGAGGCCAUGUUCCACGCCUUGGACCGGAUUAACUCGGACCCGAACCUGUUACCCAACAUCACCCUGGGCUGUGAGAUCAGGGACUCCUGCUGGCAUUCCUCGGUGGCCCUGGAGCAGAGCAUCGAGUUCAUACGGGACUCUCUCAUCUCCAUCCGGGACGACAAGGACGGCUCCAGGUGGUGCAUCGAGGGGGUGCCCUCCAGUCAGCCUCCGUCGACCAAGAAGCCCAUCGCGGGGGUCAUCGGGCCCGGAUCCAGCUCGGUUGCAAUUCAAGUGCAAAACCUCCUGCAGCUGUUCAACAUCCCACAGAUCGCCUAUUCUGCUACCAGCAUCGACCUCAGUGACAAGACGUUGUUUAAGUACUUCCUCAGGGUGGUGCCCUCAGACACCCUUCAGGCCAGGGCCCUGCUGGAUAUCGUCAAACGGUACAACUGGACCUAUGUGUCUGCAGUGCACACAGAGGGUAACUACGGCGAGAGCGGGAUGGAGGUGUUCAAAGAGCUCGCCUCGCAGGACGGCCUGUGCAUCGCCCACUCUGACAAGAUCUACAGCAACGCCGGGGAGAAGCACUUUGACAGGCUGCUGAGGAAGCUGCGUGAGCGUCUGCCUAAAGCCAGAGUGGUUGUCUGCUUCUGUGAAGGCAUGACGGUCCGAGGGCUGCUGGCGGCCAUGAGGCGGCUCGGAGUAGCCGGAGAGUUCGUCCUAAUUGGCAGUGACGGCUGGGCCGACCGGGUCGAGGUGGUGGAGGGAUACGAACAGGAGGCCGUGGGCGGCAUCACAGUGAAGCUGCAGUCUGACGAGGUCUCCUCCUUCGAUGACUACUUCCUGAAGCUCAAGCUCAGCACCAACACCCGCAACCCGUGGUUCCCCGAGUUCUGGCAGUACCGCUUCCAGUGCCGCCUUCCCGGUCACCCGCUGGAGAACCUGAAUUAUGCACGAAACUGCUCAGAGGAUGAUGAUCUAGAACUCCAAGACGGUUACGAAAGUCUGGAGGACAACUAUGUUCAAGACAGCAAGAUGGGCUUCGUCAUCAACGCCAUCUACGCCAUGGCCCACGGGCUGCAUGACAUGCAUACGGUUCUCUGCCCCGGUCAUGUGGGGCUCUGUGAGAACAUGAAGCCCGUUGAUGGCAGCCACUUGCUGGACUUCCUGCUCAAGACGUCCUUCACGGGUGUUUCUGGAAAGGAUAUAUGGUUUGACGAGAACGGCGACUCACCUGGGAGGUACGAGAUUAUGAACUUCCAGCAUGUGGAGCCAGGUGUUUUUGACUACAUCAACAUCGGCUCCUGGCAUGAGGACGCGCUCAGUCUGGAUGAUGAAAUGAUGCAUAUGAACCGCAGUGACAUGGUCCGCUCCGUCUGCAGUGAGCCCUGCUCCAAAGGAGAGAUCAAGGUGAUCAGGAAGGGAGAAGUGAGCUGCUGCUGGAUCUGCACCGCCUGUAAGGACAACGAGGUCGUCCAGGACGAGUUCACGUGCAAGGCCUGUGACCUGGGCUGGUGGCCAGACGAAGAACUGGAAGGCUGUGAGACGAUUCCCCUGCGCUACCUGGAGUGGAGCAACCCAGAGUCCAUUAUCCAGGUGGUUUUCUCCUGCCUGGGCAUCCUGGUAACCUCAUUUGUUGCCUUCAUCUUCGUCCUAUACCGGGACACGCCAGUGGUCAAAUCCUCCAGCCGGGAGCUCUGCUACAUCAUCCUCGCAGGGAUCUUCCUGGGCUAUCUGUGUCCCUUCACCCUCAUCGCCCGUCCCACCGUGUUCUCCUGCUACCUCCAGAGGCUGCUAGUCGGACUCUCAGCUGCCAUGUGCUACUCCGCCCUGGUAACCAAAACCAACCGCAUCGCCCGUAUUCUGGCGGGCAGCAAGAAGAAGAUCUGCACCAGGAAACCAAGGUUCAUGAGUGCUUGGGCUCAACUGGUCAUUGCCUCCAUCCUGAUCGGUGCCCAGCUCACCUUGGAGGUCACCCUCAUCAUCAUGGAGCCCCCUGAACCCAUCAAGUCCUACCCGAGCAUCAGAGAGGUCUUCCUCAUCUGCAACACCAGCAACGUGGGUGUCGUGGCCCCUCUGGGCUACAACGGCUUGCUUAUCAUGAGCUGCACUUACUAUGCCUUCAAGACCCGCAACGUCCCUGCCAAUUUCAAUGAGGCCAAAUACAUCGCCUUCACCAUGUACACCACGUGUAUAAUAUGGCUGGCGUUUGUGCCAAUCUACUUCGGCAGCAACUACAAGAUCAUCACCACAUCUUUCUCUGUGAGCCUCAGUGUGACCGUAGCUUUGGGCUGCAUGUUCACCCCAAAGAUGUACAUCAUCAUCGCCAAACCUGAGCGGAAUGUGCGCAGCGCCUUCACCACCUCUGAUGCAGUGCGCAUGCACGUCGGCGACGGCAAAAUUGCCUACCGAAGCAACAGCCUGCUCAACAUGUUCAAGAGGAAGAAGAACACUGGAAACGGCAGUUCUAAUGGAAAGUCUGUGUCAUGGUCUGAACCAGGUGCAAGACAUCCUCCAAAGGGGGAUCACACGUGGCACAGACUGUCAGUGCAUGUGAGAAGACAGGAAGCAGGUUCCAAUCAGAUGGCUGUCAUCAAACCCUUAACUAAUACCUUCCAAAGCAGGGCCCUGGACUUCUCAGACCUCAGCACUAAGACCUUGUACAAUGUGGCCGAGGAGGACGAGAGUGACCUUAUCAGAUACAACCCCCCAAUCACUCCGCCCAUGAUGCCCCAUGGACAAAUUCCUGCCUUUGGACUGAUGAAAGCCGUGGAGGAGGUGGAGCUCUAUGCACCUCAGCAUCUGCGGCCAAACUGCAUUAUCCCCCAACACGUCAUCAUGGACCACCUGCAGGAGAAGAUGGUUGUUGAUAGAUUCAGCAUACCUGAACUUAAUGAUAUGAUUAGCAUGCCUGAGGCUGUGAGCGGUGGCAUGCCUGUGUACCACCAGGCCCACCUCAUCCAGCACGACCCGGUCCUGCCUCUGCACAUGGACCUGUUCGAUGAGGAGCCCAACUCCCCUUUAGAGGAGGAGGAGGAGGAGGAGAUGGAGAGCGAGCAGUUUGGCCUUCUCCACGGCUACAUGUACAACAACGCCCAGAUUCACGACGAGGAGAACUUGGUCGAGGUCAAAUUAGCGUUGGAGGACUCUCUGGCUCUGAUGCCCCCGUCACCUUUCCGAGAUUGCGCUGCUCCUCCAGUGAGCCCUUUUCCCAAUUCGCCGGUGUCUGAGUCGAUUUUGUGCAGUCCAACAAAUGUGACAUAUGCCUCUGUCAUCCUCAGAGACUUCAAGCAAAGCUCCUCAACUCUGUGA